AUGGCUGCUUCAAACAAUCAUGUAGCAUCCCUGCGUCUGGCUCAAGCUGCCAUUUUCAAUGGCAAAGGGUUUGAGGAUGCAGCGGGAUAUGCUCGCUAUCUACAACAUUUUCAGGAUCGUUCUUUGCAUCCUUCCAUCACUCUUGAUCCUUCCCGGUUCAACAGAUAUGGAAUGGAUAUUCCUCGCUUGAUCAACUCUGUCGGAUGGGGUGAUAUUCUUCCAAAUCGAAACUAUGGGUUUCGUCCUGAGGCAGUUCGGAUGUUCUACUCUAACAUGAAGCCUUGUCUCCAUGUCUCUCCCCCUGCUUCACUACGAUAG